AUGGUUCGGUGCACGACACGCAAUCGAUGCGGCCUCCGGGGUUCAACUAGACUGAAGAAGGGGAAGGAUCGAAGCAGCGAGGCGGCUGUGACCUCGGACGAGAAGAAAGAAACGAAGCAGCGGGGCUGCUCAUCUUCAGUCUUGGAAGGAGUUGCGAAGGGGAAAGAAAUCAGAAAAGGGAAGAAGGAAACACGAAGAAUCUUGGUUUUUCUUGGCAGCAAUCGAAGGAUGAGAAGAAGGAAUAACAGAGGGGGGCUGAGAGUGGUAGUUUAUUGUCCAACAGCUCAAAGCCAAGCCGCCGAAGCGAAGUUGCAACAAGUUCUUGACUAUCUUUGUGGAGAAAUCAACCGCAAGGAGAUUCAACCUAGGGGAUCAUGCUUUAACCCUAACAUUGUGCAAAAUCAUGUGUCUUAUGCUAUUGAUCAUAACUUUCAAAUUAAUGGUGUAUGUGAUAUUAGUUAUGCUACUCCUGCCGUCACAGAUGCAUGGCAUGUGUCUACCCAUAAGUGA